CUUUUAAAAAAGUUUUCCAUUUUCUACGAGAUCGAUUUAGUUUUAGUUUGUGAGAACGCUAGGAGAGAACAUAUAAUCUAGCGCGUUUGUUGAAAGCGAAAAGAAUAGAAGAAGAGAUGGAAGGUUGGGACCCUAAUACUAAGUCGACGCUAACACAGAUCCCAUUGCUAACAACAAAGGCAGGUCCUAGAGACGGAUCAGCAUGGACCCAAAGACUCAAGGAAGAGUACAAGUCUCUUAUUGCAUACACUCAGAUGAACAAAUCCAACGAUAACGAUUGGUUUCGGAUCUCCGCUUCUAAUCCCGAAGGUACCCGCUGGACUGGUAAAUGUUGGUAUGUUUAUAAUCUUCUCAAAUAUGAAUUCGACCUUCAAUUUGAUAUUCCCAUCACUUACCCUUCCACCGCACCUGAACUUGAACUCCCUGAAUUGGAUGGCAAGACUCAGAAGAUGUAUAGAGGAGGGAAGAUAUGCUUGACUGUGCAUUUCAAGCCUCUCUGGGCAAAAAAUAGCCCUAGAUUUGGUAUAGCACAUGCACUUUGCUUGGGUCUUGCACCGUGGCUUGCAGCAGAGGUUCCCAUUCUUGUGGAUUCUGGUAUGAUCAAGCACAAAGACGAUGCAACCACAUCGACUGAAUCUUAGUUAUCACAUGUCUGUUUAAACCUGUAAAAGUAGAACUCAGGCUUAAUAGUUUUCAAACUUGUCAAAGGGAAAUAAAAUGAGCUGUUUCAUUGUGUAUUUACGGGAUCUUUCUUGUAACUUACACACAAUUAUCUGCAGAUAUUAAAGUCUUGAGAUCAGAAAAUGCUCUGACAAACUAUUAUAUGUUGCAUGCACAGCAACAUGGCUAGUGAAUUAGUGAUUUUCAUCUAAACUUCAA